GACAAGUUCAAGUAAAGGAGUGGGGAAGCGAAGUGAGAAAAAAAGCAUUGAAAGAAAAAUGCGUGAGUUGUGGUGAGCUGAGGCAAAUCAUUCUUAUGAAACGUUGCCAUAACUAUCACAGUAUUUAUUCCUUUAACUACCGACAGCAGUGUAUGCGCUUCAGUGGAACCCUGAAAGCUAACUAAAGGAGGCGUGCGUAUUACAGACCAUGAAGAAGAUUACGCUUCUAUUGAUUGUGUUGCUUGGAGUGACACACUUCAUUAAGCCAAACCGAUGCGAUGAGGAUGCCAAAGAUGAUUCAGCAGAAGAUCUAGGAGAAGAGGAAGAUGACGACGAUGAUGAGGAUGAUGAUGCAGAUGACACUGAAGUAAAGGAAGAGAAUGGGGUGCUGGUCCUGACCGAUGCAAACUUUGACACCUUCAUUGAAGGCAAAGACACAGUAUUGGUGGAGUUUUAUGCACCAUGGUGUGGCCACUGCAAACAGUUUGCUCCUGAGUAUGAGAAGAUAGCUCAGACGCUGAAGGAAAACGACCCACCUAUUCCAGUGGCAAAGGUUGAUGCCACUAAAGCCAGUGGUUUGGGCAGCAGGUUCGAAGUUUCUGGAUAUCCCACCAUCAAAAUACUUAAAAAGGGAGAGCCCCUGGACUAUGAUGGGGAUCGGAGUGAGCAUGCCAUCGUGGAGCGAGUUAAAGAAGUUGCCCAACCAGACUGGAAACCUCCUCCAGAGGCUACACUAGUCUUGACUAAAGACAAUUUUGAUGAUGUGGUGAACAAUGCUGACAUCAUUCUGGUGGAGUUUUAUGCACCCUGGUGUGGCCACUGUAAGAGACUUGCACCUGAAUAUGAAAAAGCUGCUAAAGAGCUCAGCAACCGCACUCCUCCUAUUCCACUGGCUAAAGUCGAUGCCACUACAGAGAGCGAUUUAGCGACACGGUUUGGUGUUUCUGGCUACCCAACUCUCAAAAUCUUCAGAAAGGGAAAGGCUUUUGACUACAAUGGACCCCGGGAGAAGUUUGGUAUUGUCGAUUACAUGUCAGACCAGGCUGGGCCUCCAUCAAAGCAGGUCCAGACCCUGAAACAGGUUCAGGAGCUCCUCAGAGAUGGAGAUGAUGCUGUUAUUGUUGGUGUUUUCUCCAGCGACGAAGAUGCAGCAUAUGAGAUCUAUCAAGAAGCUUGUAACUCUCUGAGAGAGGAUUACAAAUUCAUGCACACCUUCAAUAUCGAUGUCACAAAAUUCCUCAAGGCCUCACCUGGACAAGUAGUCAUGCUCCAGCCAGAGAAGUUCAGAUCAAAAUAUGAGAGCGCAUCUCAUUCACUAACGAUUAAAGAUUCCACACCUGCUUCAGAAGUUCAAGAAUUCUUCAAGAAACACAUACUUCCUUUGGUUGGGCACAGAAAGCAGAGCAACGAUGCAAAGAGAUACACCAAACGACCGCUUGUGGUUGUUUAUUAUGGAGUAGACUUCAGCUUUGACUACAGAGUGGCCACACAGUUUUGGAGGAGCAAAGUGCUUGAAGUAGCAAAAGACUUCCCGGAGUACACAUUUGCCAUUGCAGAUGAGGAAGACUAUGCUGAUGAACUGAAGAGCCUUGGACUGAGUGAAAGUGGCGAGGAGGUGAAUGUUGGCAUUGUUGGUGAGGGAGGAAAGAAGUAUGCUAUGGAGCCAGAGGAAUUUGACUCCGAUGUUCUCCGGAGCUUUGUUAUGGCCUUCAAAAAAGGUAAGCUGAAACCUAUUGUAAAGUCUCAGCCACUUCCCAAAAACAACAAAGGACCAGUGAAGGUUGUGGUGGGAAAGACUUUUGAUGAAAUUGUCAUGGAUACAAAGAAAGAUGUCCUCAUUGAGUUCUACGCCCCGUGGUGCGGUCACUGUAAGAAGCUGGAGCCAGAUUACAUAUCACUUGGAAAGAAAUACAAGAACGAGAAGAAUCUUGUUAUUGCCAAAAUGGACGCCACUGCUAAUGAUGUACCUCAUGACAGUUAUAAAGUUGAGGGUUUCCCUACAAUCUACUUUGCUCCAAGCAACAGCAAGCAGAACCCCAUCAAAUUUGAAGGCGGCAAAAGGGAUGUGGAGGAAUUCAGCAAAUUUGUGGAAAAACAUGCUACGAAAUUAUCACACAAAAAAGAUGAACUCUAGGAGAUUCAAAGAACCCACAAACUUUAUACAAAUGCAGUUCCCUGAGAAUGGAAAUAUUCAGAAGGACUUUGUGACCUUCAAAAAAGAGAGAGAAUGUUUUGAUUUUGUUUUUGUACGUUCUUUUGUUUCUGGGAUCAAAACAUUGAGUAUUUUCAUUCCAAACUAAGCACUGUUGAUUAGGUUUAUUUCUCCCGAGUCUUUUAAAUAAAAUAAUGUAAAAACUUAAA